AAACGUAGUAUGAAGUACCUAGGUAUCUAAUUAAGAUAUAAACCAUAUUUUGACAAGGACUUGUGAUAAGAAACGACUAAAGUCUGUUAGUAAAGCUAUACCCACUAAUAUUUUCGUCGAAGUGAGUAAACUGACGUAUUUUCAGUUUAAAAUGUGACAACCAAUUGGUGAAAAAUCACGAAAUUGAGGUUGCAACUAUCGAGUAUAACACGACUAAAGAAGAAAUGAACAGUGCAAGAAAUAUAAAACGUAAACACAACCCUCGGCAAAAUGCAAACCCCUUUUCAGCAGCUACAUUUUGUUAUACCCUACCAACAUUCAUUAAGGGUAGCAAGAAACCUUUUGAAGAGGAUGAUCUCUAUCAGACUCUUGGCGAACAUCAAUCGGAAACGUUGGCCAAUAGAGUGGAAACCCUUUGGAAAAAUCAGGAGAAACCCUCAUUGGCUAAAGCGUUAAUGUCAACUUUUGCUUUUGAAUAUAUUGCAUUGGGCUUAGUACUGGGAACGUCCGAAUUAGUGCUGAAACCGGCCCAAGCCGUAUUUCUUGGACGUUUGCUGUUGUACUACAUGCCCACAGCUUUUGUUGAAUUGCGCAUAACGCUGUUUGAAGCACGCAUUUAUGCUUGCGGCAUCGCUUUAAUGUCGUUUUUAUAUGUGUUGAUCUUCCAUCCGCUUAUGACAAGUCUACAUUUAGUAGGAUUGAAAGCGAAGAUAGCGUGUAGCUCUUUAAUAUACAGAAAGGCCUUAAAAUUAAAUAACGCGGCUUUUAACAGCACAAGCGUGGGGCAAAUUGUUAAUUUGGUUUCUACGGAUGCGCCAAUGUUUAUUGUGUGUGCGUUCCUGCUCCACUACCUAUGGAUUGCUCCAGUGCAAUGCAUUAUAGUCACAUACUUAAUGUACCAGGAAGUUGGUUUUUCUUCCAUUGUAGGCGUCUUGUUGCUAUUUCUCCUUAUACCAACUCAUCAUUUAUUGGGAAAGGUGGCGUCGAAGUAUCGAUGGAAAGCUGCGUCACGCACUGAUGAUAGAGUGUGUUAUAUGGAUGAAAUCAUUUUAGGGAUCAAAGCAAUCAAAAUAUACGCAUGGGAAAAGCUAAUUAAAGGAGCUUUAGCUUCGCUCCGCAACCUUGAGGUGAAGUACAUACGGUUUUCAAUGUACCUCAAAGCGGCCAACAUCUCGUUCGAUGCACUGACGAUACCAAUCGUUAUUUAUGUAACUAUGAUAGUGUAUUUGUCACACGAUGAGAUAAGAGCGGAUAAGGUGUUCACAUUGAUGGUCUUCUAUAACUCGUUAAGAGGCAGCAUAGCAUCCGUGUUUCCCCAAUCAAUCGCUUAUCGUGCCCUGACACUUGUGGCGAUAAAGCGUAUUGAAGAAUUUCUGAAUCGCCCAGAAAUUGAGAUGGAAAGCAUCGAAGGCACAACGGACCUGAUUGCUGUUAGAAUUGUGGAAGGUUAUGCAAAAUGGAACGAAAAUCUUACUUUACAUAACGUUAACUUAACGGUGAAACCAGGCACUCUUGUUGCUGUUGUUGGCAAAGUCGGUAGUGGAAAAUCUAGUUUGCUAAAUGUGGUGUUGAAAGAACUUCGCUUAGUUUCGGGAAAAAUUCAUGUAAAUGGCCAAAUCAGUUAUGCCUCCCAGGAUGCUUGGCUAUUCAGUGGAAGCAUUCGCGAUAAUAUUCUCUUCAGUGAAAAGACGGAUACCAAGCGUUACGACGACGUAGUGCGUGUAUGUGCUCUCGAAGAUGAUUUCGGUUUGUUCCCGAUGGGUGAUCAAACCAUAGUGGGAGGACGCGGUGCUUCUUUGAGUGGGGGUCAAAAGGCAAGGAUAAGUUUGGCACGCGCAGUUUAUAGAGAUGCCGACAUUUACUUACUGGAUGAACCUUUUGCGGCCGUUGACCAUCGUGUUGGUAAACGAAUAUUUCAACAGUGCAUUAAAGAAUUUUUGGGCAGAAAAACUGUAGUGCUAGUAACGCAUCAACUGAGCUAUUUGAAAGAUGUCGAUGAAGUAAUCGUAAUGAGUAACGGUACAGUUGUCUCUCAAGGCCCAUUCUCUGAGAACAACAACGUCCUGAAUUGCGCCAAGGAUCAAAGUAACCUCAAUGAUGAGAUAGUGAAACAACCCAGGCUAGUGGGUGGAGAAGUAGACAUAACUGAAGACACCAACAAAGAACAAACUUCGGUUGGAUCUGUAUCAACUACCGUCUACCGGAAGUAUUUGGCAGCAAGUGGAUUUUUAAACCUAAUGCUGGUUGGACUACUCUUUGUAUUUGCACAGGUCCUAGUGAGCUCUGCACCUUACUUCUUAACGCAUUGGGUGAAUAUGGCUCAAACUGUACAAAAGUUCGCUAACGUUAGCAACUCUUCUGAAGCCACACCUUACGAAACUUAUUCAAAGACGGUGUACAUCCACAUCUAUUCCACUUUAACAUUCGCAUGUUUCGUUAUCGUUUCCUUGCGUUCUUAUUUGUCUUUCUCUCUGUUAUUAAACUCGUCCCAAAAAUUGCACAAUAAUAUGUUUAACAACCUAAUUGGUGGAACCAUGCACUUUUUUAAUACAAAUUCGCAAGGGAGAAUCUUAAAUCGUUUCUCACAGGAUAUGGCUGCCGUUGAUACUCAACUACCGAACAUUGUAAUCGAUACAACUCAAUUAUUAUUGGGCGCACUGGCUUCAGUUCUCCUGGUCGUAAUUGCGAACUGGUGGCUCAUCAUACCUACACUCAUAAUAGGUAUUAUCUCCUACUACCUAAAAAGCUUCUGCCUGUUGACGGCCCGGAACAUAAAACGACUGGAAGGUGUAACGCGAAGUCCUGUGUUUGAACACCUUAGCUCAUCGCUGCAAGGCCUCAGCACGAUCCGAGCUUUUCAGGCUGAAGCAAAACUAAGGGAGGAAUUUGACUCGUAUCAGGAUUUACACAGUUGCUGUUACCAUUUGUUUUUGACCACCUCACAAGGUUUCGGAUACUUCCUAGACUCUCUCUGCUCGUUAUAUAUUGCCGCCGUGACACUUAGCUUCGUUAUUUUCGACAAUGAAGCGCUUAGUGGCGACGUAGGAUUAGCGAUAACUCAAUCGAUAUCGCUCAUCGGAUAUCUCGAGUGGGCAGUGCUGCAGACGGCGGAACUUGAAAAUAGCAUAACAUCCGUAGAACGCAUUUUAGAGUACGAUUCCAUAGAACAAGAAGACAAGUCAGGUACAGAACCGCGCAAAUCGUGGCCAGAAACUGGUGGAAUAGUUUUUCGUGACGUUUCCCUUCAGUACUCCAGACGAGGUGCUCCCGUUUUGAAAAAUGUAAGUUUUGAAAUUUCUCCAACGGAAAAAAUUGGAGUUAUUGGAAGAACUGGUGCGGGAAAAUCAUCAAUUGUCAAUGCUCUUCUUCGACUAAGUUACACAUCCGGAACUAUUUUAAUCGAUAACUUAGAUAUAAAAGGUGUAAAUUUACAAGCAUUAAGAUCAAAAAUAUCAGUUAUACCUCAAGAUCCGACGCUGUUAUCUGGUACGUUACGGAAAAAUCUGGAUCCAUUCGACGAAAUCAAUGAUGGAGCUAUAUGGAAUGCUCUUGAUGAAGUUAAUCUGAAACAGUUCAUUGCAUCAAAACCACAAGGAUUGUGCUAUCCAAUUACACAAAGCGGAGCAAAUUUAAGCGUUGGUCAACGUCAGUUGAUAUGUUUGGCACGAGUCAUUUUACAUAAUAGUAAGAUAUUAAUCAUGGAUGAAGCAACCGCGAAUAUUGACCUGGAAACGGACAAUUUAAUACAGAAGACAAUUAGAGAAAAGUUCAAGAACUGCACAAUAUUGACUAUAGCACAUAGGUUACAGACGGUAUUAGACUACGAUAGAGUUUUAGUGAUGAAGGCUGGUGAAGUGGUUGAGUUUGAUAACCCGUCUGCUUUGCUUAAAAAUUCCAAUGGAUACUUUUAUAAAAUUCUGCAGACAUUACAAAAGCCCGAUGCGACAUCUUGAA